GGGAUGGCCAAGCACCAUCCCGAUCUGAUCUUCUGCCGCAAGCAGGCGGGAGUGGCUAUUGGACGACUGUGUGAAAAAUGUGAUGGGAAGUGUGUUAUCUGUGACUCGUAUGUGCGGCCCUGCACACUAGUGCGCAUAUGUGAUGAGUGCAACUAUGGCUCCUACCAAGGGCGCUGUGUGAUAUGUGGAGGUCCUGGAGUCUCCGAUGCCUAUUACUGCAAAGAAUGCACCAUCCAGGAGAAGGAUCGGGAUGGCUGCCCCAAGAUUGUCAACCUGGGCAGCUCAAAAACAGAUCUCUUCUACGAGCGCAAGAAGUACGGAUUCAAGAAAAGGUGAUGCUAUUUCCAUCCUGAUGCACCUGCCGGAGAUGGGAAGGAUCCUUCACAUAUCU